AUGCAUAUCCUAGGACUCUGCAAUGGAUCAAUACACGGAAACUCCGAGAUACUACUCAAGGCAGCACUGCAAGCAGCUGUUGCACAUGAUCCAUCCAUAAAGACUUCGUGGAUUCACGUUCCUUCUGUGGCACUGCCCAGAAACCCCAAACCGCUCAGAGAUGAACCAGAUAUCAUUCCAAAUCGCAGCUACGAGUAUGAUAAAGACGGUGGUAGCGGUCCAGCAGGUUCGACUACUGACGUUGACGAUCGUGCUGCUGCUUUUGAGGCUAUUAUGGACGCCGAUGCCUUGAUUAUUGCCACUCCUAUCUAUUCCCACCAGCCGGCCGGCUCACUCAAGGCUCUUCAGGACGCGAUUCUCGGCCCCUUCGCAGAUACCUGUGGACAACACCGUAUAUACCAGAGACAGAAAGCUGGUGAUCCUGCUGUCAAAGACGUUGUUGUUGACCACCGCGCCAUCAAGCCACGUGUCGCCGGCUUCAUAGCCGUGGCAGGCUCGAGAGCCCAGUUCCCUGAGCAGUGGACCCUCGCGAUGCCAUCUCUACAUCAGUUUACGUACCCGCUUCACUGCAAGGUGGUCGACAUGUCUGUGUUCCCCGGUUUUGCUCACGCUGGUGCUGUUCUAACGGACCCAGAGGCCGUUGUGCGUGCAGCUAAAAUAGGGACAAAUGUGGCGAGCCAGAUCGGACGGCCAUUUGAUGAGGCUGUGUACCUUGGGCCUGAGGAGGAUGGCAGUUGCUCAUAUUGCCACUUGCUGAAGUUUGAAUUCCAAGGGGACAAUAACCGGAUUAGGUGCAUCACCUGCGGCGCAGCAGGGGAAUUGAAGACCAGGUCAGAUGGUCGCGUCCGGCCGGUCUGGGGAGAGGACUCGGAUCUCAGCUGUAUCACGCUGAAAGGUAAAUGGCAGCAUGUUGAUGAUAUCGCAGGAGGACUUGAAAUAGAGCGCCAACAGCUGCCGGCGGUAGCCACUGAGCUGGAGAGAUGGAAAGCCAUUGAGGUGCCUUUUGUGGCUCUUCCGAGCCGGGAGUCGAAUCCCACUCACCAUGGAAAGGUGAGAAGUAAUUAG